AUUGUGGGACUGCAGGGCUUGGGGAACCUGGAGAGAAGCCCUCCAGCAACAAUAAACUGUUUGGCCUAUUGCUCAGACUUAUAAGUAAUUAGUUCUAUGCUUAAAUUAACCCAUAAUUCUUGUCUGUGUUUAGCCACGUUGCUUGGUACCUUUUCUCAGUCCAGCAUUCUUAUAUCACUUCCUCUGCAUCUGGUUGGCAACUCCGUCUCUGCCUUUCCUCUCCCUAGCCUUCUAGUCUAGUCACCCCACCUACACUUCCUGUCUGGCUGCUGGCCAAUCUGUGUUUUAUUAAAUCAAUAGGAGUAACAAUUCUUUACAGUGUACAAGAGCAUUAUCCCACAGCAAGCUUCUUACACCUGGUGUUAGUGGUUUUGUUAGAAUAUCCAUGCUCUUGUGAGGAUUAUUACCCAGAUGAGAACUUUUCAUUUACACACUAAACAUAUAUACUUAUACAGACUAGUAUGUAUUAUAGGCAUUUUAGGUAGAUGAUAAUAGUAUGAUUCGUUGACUGUUUCAGACAUCCUUACUGUUAUUUUACCCUCAUUCUGUGUUUAUAUCUGUCCCUUCUCUAUAAGGAAUCCCCCCCUGUAUUUUUCUUUUCCCCCCUUCAAAUCACUGGUUCCUUUUACUCCAUCUCUGUUACUCCCUCACACCCCACUGUGGUCUCCUUUUACUUUUCUUGUUACUCCAGGUUGUGUACUCAUAUCUGAAGAUUUGGAGCUAGGAACUUCCUAUGAGAGAGAUCAUGCAUUCUUUCUGGGCUUGAGGCUGGCAAGCCAUUUAUUCAUUAUUUGUAAAAGAGAAACACAAAGAAGAAAAACAUUAAGAAAUGGCUGAUUCUCCAGUUAAUCUGUCCCAGGGUAUGUUGACAUUCAGGGAUGUGACUGUGGACUUCUCCCAGGAGGAGUGGGAAUGCCUGGACUCUGCUCAGAGGUCUUUGUACAUUGAUGUGAUGUUGGAGAACUACAACAACCUGGUCUUUGUGGAGAACGAUUGCAUAUGUGAUCCUGCCCAUCAACAUGUGAAUAAUGAAAAGGAAUCUUGUCAGUGUAAUGAGCUUGGCAAAGUGCUUCAUGACCCCUCCACAUGUGCACUUUAUAGAACAAGUGAAACUACAGAAAAUUCUAAUAACUACAAAUGCAAUAAUCACAGGGAUGCCUCUAUGGAUUCAUUAAACCCAGAUAGACAUGAAAGCAUGCAAACUGGAGAAGAGCCUUGCAAAUCUAAAGACCAUGAGAAAUCUUUAAAUUUGUGUUCCAGCAUGACUCAAGAUCAGAGACUCUACACUGCAAAGAAAGAGCAGGAAGAAUGUGAUGACUAUUUUGACUCUACAUACAGUCUUGUGCAACAAACAAUCUAUAUUGGAGAGAAACCAUACCAGUGUGAGGAAUGUGGGAAAUACUUCAGUAAUGCCACAAGCCUCAGUGUACACCAGAGAAUACAUACUGGAAAGAAACCCUACAAGUGUAACAUUUGUGACAAAUCCUUUACCCAGUGCACAAAUCUUAAAACACAUCAAAGACUUCAUACUGGAGAGAGACCUUAUGAAUGCAGAGAAUGUGGAAAGUCAUUUCGUCAUUUGUCAGCAUUUAAAAAUCAUCAGAAAAUGCAUACAGGGGAGAAGCCUUACAAAUGUAAGGAAUGUGACAGAUCCUUUUCCCAGUGCUCAAGUCUUAAAACACAUCAAAGACUUCAUACUGGAGAGAAACCUUAUAAAUGCAAAGAUUGUGGAAAGUCAUUUCGUCAGUCCUCAGCACUUAAAAGCCAUGAAAAAUUGCAUACAGGAGAGAAGCCUUACAAAUGUAAGGAGUGUAAUAGAUCCUUUGCCCACUAUUCUAGUUUCAGGAGACAUCAGAAAAUCCAUACUGCUGAAGAACGUUGUAGUUAUGAAGCAUGUGGCAAGGUCUUUCAUCAGCUUUCACAUCUUAAAAGCCAUUACAGACUCCAUACUGGAGAGGAGCCUUACGAAUGCAAUGACUGUGACACAGUUCCUUUACCCACUAUUAACCAUUUAGAAGGCAUCAUAAAACUCAUUCUUUAGAGAUAUUGUAUGCAAAAAUUAUGGUACUUCUGUAUGUAUGCAAGUAUUUCAUGCCUGGUGCCUGUCAAGACCAGAAGAGGUCAUUAGGUCCCCUGAAGCUGGAUUAACAGAAAGUUGUGAGCGGUGCGUGUGUUGGGAAUUGAACACAGGUCCUCUGGAAUAGUAUCCAGUGCUUUUAACCACUAAGUCAUAUCUUCAGCCUGUGGAAAGUGCUGUAAUAAGAGCAUUUAUCUUGUUCAGUGUGCAAAAAAAGCAUAAUAAUGUCAGGCCAAGUGGUGCACAUCUUUAAUCCCAGCACUUAGAAUGCAGAGGCAGGAAGAUCUCUGUGUCAGAGGCCAUCCUGGUCUACAUAGUGAGUUCCAGGACAGCCAGGACUACAUAAAUAUAAUGAAGACAAAAUGUAGUAAGAUGAGAAAUGUGACAGAGCCCUCUAAUUUUGCUGUACAUCACAAAAUUCAUAGUUCUGAGAAACAAUAUGAAAUUAUACUGUAUAUAAUCCCUAUGUGUUGCCGUUCAUUGUAAAUUCCACCCUUGAAAUGCAUUCAAUUUAAUAAAUCCUUUACCUAGUUCUGAAAUUGUAGACAUAAAAAGAAUUCAUUAUGAAAGAAACAAGAAUAUGCUCUAAUAAAGUCUCAUCUUUCGUUCACCUUCAAAAUCUUAAUACAAGAAUCAAACCUUAAAAACAGCAGGAAGGUGAGAAACUAUAAAGAGAUUGGCUGUGACUGUGAUUACAUGAGCAUGCUCACAUACAGCUUAAAAAAACUCCAAAGGCAAAGGGUGUGGUCUUAUAUGUCUUUAAUCACAGCUCUGUGAAGGCAAAGGCAGGCUGAACUCUGAGUUCAAGGCCAGCCUGGUCUACAUAGAGAAACUUUGUCUCAAAAACAACAAAAAAGAAAUCUCCAAGAGCAUACAGAAACUAAUUUUGAAGUACUGAGGAGGAAUGGGGAAGUAUUCACUCAAAACUCUAAAAUCAUGUUGCUGCCCUUAACUGCCAGUAGACCUUCAUGGCGUGAAAGGAGAUGUGUGGGACCCUCCCUCAACCAUGAUGAAAUCAUAAUUGUACCAAGCUAACACAGUUGUUUGUUCUCAAAUUCUAUUUAUUUAUUUGUUUGUUUGUUUAUUUUUGGUUUUUCAAGACAGGGUUUCUCUGUGUAGUUUUUGGUGCCUGUCAUGGAUCUCACCCUGUAGACCAGACUGGCCUCGAACUCACAGAGAUUUGUCUGGCUCUACCUCCCCAGUGCUGGGAUUAAAGGUGUGCACCACCACUGCCUGGCAGUCAAUUUUUUUUUUUUAAAUAUUACGAGUCUGCAUUACCUACUAUCAACUGCAAGAGGCUUCUUUCACUAAGGUUGAGAAUAGUACAAAUUGAUAAUUAUAAACAUGAAUAUUUAGAUGACAGAUUAACAACAUGAUCAUUAAGAAAACAUCAAUAGGUUCUGCACUUGGUCUUUACUCCCCAAGCCAUGAUUUUUUGAUUGUUUUUAUAGUACAAGGCAUAAAUUCCCCUCUAUGAAGCAAUCAUAAAAUCCAAGACAGGUGUUUAUGCCCAUAAGCAGUUGUACCAGUAUUAUGCCAGUGCACACAUCCUGGCUUGAUAUAGGAUGCAGGAGUAGAUAAGACCAUUGACAUCUUUUCUUUACAGUCCUGCAAAAGCUAGCCAGGAGGGAGAAUUUCCUGGUAAAUUCAAGAUUUCUCUGUGUGUUACAACCAAAGAGUUUGGUGUCUUCAGCAACACCAUGUACUUAUGGUGACCAACAAAGCAUUGACAAUGACCUGUUUUGUUUGGGGUGCCUUUAGGGCCUCCCUGACCAGUAAGUCCUAGGCAGAUAACCAAUACUUGGUACAGAUAGUUCCAUUUAAUAGCCCUAGUGACUGGGAGCAGCAUUAUUCACCCAUGUGGGAACCUCUGUUCAAAGUUUUAAAAAUUAUAUUUCCUAUUAACUUGUAAGACAGUGGGAUUUCAUGAGGCUUCUUCAUACAUCUUUACUUUUGGUUAGCCCACCCACUCUUCUUCUUCCUUCCUGCCUUAUCUUAUGUUUACAGUUAAACAUCUAGCAAAUAUUAUCCAAUACUCCCCUCUUUUAUAGUACGUGUUCUACUAUCAUCUUAUUGUAUUUUUUACUUGGAUUGCAAAAUAAUAGGUUCCCAUGUAGCUUCUUCAUGGACAUCCCGUUUCAGUUGACAUUUCAGCAGCACCCUCUUCACCACCACUACAGUACAUAUUUGAACCAUUCUGCCCCCAAUAUUCUGCCUUCCAAUUUUAUUUCACCUAUGUUCAAUUACCUAUCCUCUCUUCUUCCAUCUCCUUCUAAUGGUUCAUCUCUAGCUUUCUGGCUUCUAUGUGUACUCUUACUGAACAAAGGAAACUUAAUGUUGAAACUAGGACUAACAUGGGAGAAAACAUGUGAUGUUUAACAUUUGAGAUCUAGUUGGCAUCACUCAUUCUAUUUGCCAUUGCCUACAUUUACAUCCAGAUUUCACACUUUCAUUUUUAUUUGCAACUAACACAGCUUUGUAGAUAUGUAUGGCAAUUCAGUUAUCCAUGUAUCAGUUGAUGGAUAGCUGAGUUGAUUCCAUUAGUAUGAGGAAAAAAAAAAAGCAGCAAUGAGUAUGUUGAGCAAAUGAUAUCAUCUUAGUGAUAAGAUGCCAAGUUCUUGGAGUUUAUAAGCAGGAGUAGUUACUGUGUACCAAUUUUCUCUGAGAUGAAACCCCUCCAUCUUGGAGAAAGCUCUUUAAAAUGCAAGGAUUUGAAAGAGAUAAACUAAUGGGAUGCUAUAACUGGAGGUGAUACAUUCAGUCCUACAGAUAAGCUCCUUAAGCUCAGAAAUAAAGGACUCAAUACCUUCAGGAACUCACAGAAACUGGCAAAAUCCACUCAUGCCUUCCUGCCUCAAGCCCUCAAGUAUAUAAAAUUGGUAAGGACUGCUGACAUUGUCAGACAAAGUGAGCUGCACAGAAGAUGCUCAGACCAGCCAUGAAGCAGACACCUCAACCUGCCUGGACCAGACAAGACAACACAAGCUGCCUGGAGGAGGUAGUGAGUGGCUUGAAAUACACACUUCCAACCUCCCUUGAGCUGCCUACAAGCUGUGCAGAGAUCCCCAGGUUUUCACCUCCAUUAGCCAUCACCCUCACAGGGUGAUGCAGCUGUCAUUCCUUUGUGCUUCUAUAAGUAACCCCUUACCCAGACUUGUCACCCCAAUAAAAUUCACUGGUCCACUUAGCUUUUGAGAUGAUUCAGUGUUUAAGAGCACUGUCUGCUCAUUCACAAGACUCACUUUGAAUUCCAGGACCCUCACAUGUGCACUCCAUCUGUAACCUCAACUCCAGGGCAUCCAGUACUCUCUUCUGGCCUCUACUGGCACUAGGAACACACAAGGUACAGAGAUAUACGUUCAGACAAAACACUCAUUGGUUCACCAAAUUAGACUUUAUUGAUUUCCCAACUUUGGCUUUCUUUGGCUCCUUUUCUGCCUUUAGUAGAUGCUUGUCAUUGUUUCCAGAAAUUCUUUGUCAUUGACACAGGAAUAGUGUCACACAUAAGUGCUGUAAUGGGCUCACAGUAAUUUUCUUAUUUUCAUUCAUUCAUUUAUUGUGUGGGACAUCUAGACUGAAUAGUGUUUGACUUCCUUCUCCACAUUUUUGCCAACAUUAGUUCUCAUUUCUAUUUAUGAUCAUUGCUAUUGUAGCAUGGAAGCUAAAACCAUUUCCUGGAUAGGUAUAUAAUUUUUCUUUGUUUUGGUCUUAGUUUGGAUUUGUUGAUAUUGUUUGUUCCUUUAUUUUAGUUUUGCUUUUUUUAAACAUUUUUAAUUUAUUAUGUAAUUAGAACCUUCCCCUCACUUUCCUCCCACCAAAUCCUCUCCUUUCAAAUUUGUGGCUUCUUUUUCAUUAAUUUUUAUUGUAUUCAUAUAUGUCUCUAUAUAUGAAUAUAUAUUCCUAAGUGAACUACUCAUAUAAUGUUACUUUUCUGUAUUUUUGUAAGGCUGACCAUUUGGUAUUGAAUCAGUGUGCUCUUCCCCAAGGGAGACUUUCUCCUGCUACCACCAUUUCCCAGUUCUUUGUAGGAUUAAGGGCUGUUGGCUUUUCCCUCUCCACUUUGACAUCUCCAGUGUGUUUGUCCUUGCUCAGUGCACUUUUAGGUUGUUAAGAUUUUAUAGAUGUAACUUCUGACAUUGCUAGGUGUGAUGGCUAUUUUUGAUUGUCAACUUGACUAUGUCUGAAAUGAACUACAAUUCAUAAGUGGGAGGCACACCUGUGAGAUAUUAUUUUGCUUGGUUUGAAGUUGGUGAAUCCACAUUUUUCUGGACCUCUGAGGUAGGAAGACACACCUUUAGGUAGGAAGACAAAUAAAUGCCUUUGAUCUGGAUGUUGAGGUUGGAAGAUUCACCUUUAAUCUGGGUUCAACCUUCUGCUGGAAGCCUAAAUAAGGACAUGGAAGAAGGAAGUUUUUGUUUAUUGCCUGCUUACCUUCACCUUGCUAGUACAUGCAUUCCUUUACUGGCAUUGGAGCCAACUUCUUUGGGAUUCCAGCAUAUUUUGAAGACCAGCCUAGACACCCAGCCCUGUAGACUGAGCAACUACUGGAUUUUUGGAUUUUCUGUUAACAGUCAGCCAUUGUUGGGUUAGCUGGACAGCAGCCUCGAAGUCAUUCCCAUAAAUCCUGUGUGUGUGUGUGUGUGUGUGUGUGUGUGUGUGUGUGUGUGUGUGUGUGUGUGUAGAGAGAGAGAGAUUCUAUAAGUUCUGUUACUCUAGAGAACCCUAAAUAUACAGAUUUUGGUAUGAGAAGUGGCUCUAGAACAUCAGAAUAAGGAUGAAUCCUUUAAGUAUUUAGAAUAGGCUUUUCAAUUCACUAACACCUACAGCUACUGAAGCGUCUCUUGUCAUUCCCUCUCCUGGGAACUUGGAGAGUAAUGAAAGCCCAUGGUGUGAACUAUAUUCCCAAAUUUAGGAGAUAAAUACAUUUGAUUAUCUUAUUUAUCAGUUGUUACUGGCAAUGUAUUUGGUGACCCCGUAUAUGAAACUUUUGACAAUUUACACAAACUAAGGAAAGUGAUUUGCUGGUCUUAGCAAUUCUGGAUAAAUUGAUAAAUGAUAGGAAUGAGCUCUGUGAUAAAAUCAACCAACUUCUAGUAUCUCAGAAUACUGUGAGGAACAACAAAGAACUUAGUGAUAAAAAUCAUCAGCUACAGAUGCAUCUUAAGAGUCUAAAGAUUUCUAGCCGGGCGGUGGUGGCGCACGCCUUUAAUCCCAGCACUUGGGAGGCAGAGGCAGGCGAAUCUCUGUGAGUUCGAGGCCAGCCUGGGCUACCAAGUGAGUUCCAGGAAAGGCGCAAAGCUAAGCUACGCAGAGAAACCCUGUCUCGAAAAACCAAAAAAAAAAAAAAAAAAAAAAAAAAAAGAGUCUAAAGAUUUCUAAGUUUGCCCUGAAAGAGAAUCUUCCCUCCAGCAGCCACAGAGCUUGAUUUGCAGAAAAUCAAAAUGAAGUCCUCAUUAUAUGGCUAGUUGAAUUACAGCAAAAAUUCAAGCCCCAGGCUCAGAGACUUUUGAAAAUUAAAGUAAUGGCAUUAAUUGGUAAAGAAUGGGAUCAUAUAACUUGGGGCGGGGCUUUGUCGGAGGACCCCAAUGAAUCUGAGAACUUGGAAUUUUCAGAUUCUCAAGGGUUUAUUGCACCUGAGGAAAUAGUACCCUCAGCCCCACCUCUUGAAAUACUGCCUUUUUUACAUUUGGCUGAGGAGUUAAUCCCUAUUGUCUGCUAAAACAGCAGUGUGGUGACUUUCUCUGGAGGAAAUGCCAUGCAAGAUAAUACUAAUGUCCCUCAGGGUCCACUAAUAGUUGCCUCUGGAUCUAUAACCAGACUUAAGGCAGAGCAGGCUCUUAAAGGGGAGGAAGAAAGUGCAGUCCAUAAGGAGGUACACUAAGCUACUAAAGAGCUUAAUGAUUUUGCUAAUUCAUUCAAGCAGAAGAAUAAUGAAUAUGUGUGGGAGUGGAUUUUAAGGGUGUGGGAUGAUGGUGGAAAGAGCAUAAUACUGAUGAUACAUAAUGAUGGCAGAGUUCAUUGAUAUGGACCCAUUGAGUGGAGAUUCAGGGUUUAAUAUGAAAGAUCAUUCAGUUUAAAAGGUGUCAAAAUUUGGAUGGUUGGCUGAAGCAUAUAUCAAAAGAUGGCCUACUGAAGAGGAGUUGGAGAUCCCUAAUAUACCUUGACUUAGUGUUGAUGAAGGGAUUUUAAGGCUCAGGGAAAUUGCAAUGCUAGAGUGGGUAUGUGUGUAAAACCUAAAUGAGGAAUGUAGUUUACAGAAGUGUUUCUGUUGUAUUUUGUUAAGAAUGGUUUUUGUACCAAUAUUUGUGCUGUAACAUCUAUUAAGAGAAUAUCAAUGGUUAUCAUAUUUAAAUUCAAGAUACUAAAAGAACGUCCUGCAAGGGACAUUGCCAUCUAUUCUAAAUUUUUAAUGUGAUUGUACUUGUACAAGGGACAGUUACAUAAUGUUAUGUGUAAUUACAGCCUGAUUAAAUAUAUAAUGUGUGGCCCUGUUCUCUCA